AUGUUGUCCGAGAACUAUUUCGCGUCCGUUUCUGGCCCGCCGAUUUCCAACAACACCGCCAUUGCCAAAGACGUUGGCAUCUACGGGCAUACCCUCCACCCGAGUCACUCGACGACCAACACGUUCAAGAAAAGCUCCGUUCCACGCCACUGCCUGGCCGUCAGUGACACGCAUGUCUUCGCCGCUCAGCAUGAAAAGUCUACAGUUCACGUCUACUCGAGGAUAAGAGGGAACCAGGAAUUGACUGUGACCUUCCAAGAGAGAAUCAAGAGUGUGGUUUUGCAGGACGACGUCCUCAUUCUAGGCACAGCUGAAGGCAGAAUAGUGCUCUGGGAGAUCUGCACCGGCCGACAAGUAUCGACUCCUGCAAGCCAUGUUCAGGCAGUGACCUGCUUGGCAUCGACGCCAUAUCAUAUCAUCACCGGCUCUGACGACUCCAAUGUACUCGUCUGGCAAAUUGCGCAACUUCUAGAGCUUGACACAACUAUUGAGCAAGAGCCUUGCCAGACCUUGUCUAACCACAGAGCCGCCAUAACAUCUCUUGUCGUGAAUCAGAGCACCAACCCAGAUACCAACAUCUGCGUCUCGGCAAGCAAAGAUAAGUCCUGCAUCAUUUGGAACUACCAGACUGGCAUAGCCCUACGGACCCUCCUGUUUCCUAGCUUUCCUCUCUGCCUCAGUCUUGAGCCAUGUGCACGUGCACUCUACAUUUCGUCUGAUGAUGGAUCCAUGUUUGCAGUUGAUUUGUUUGCGGAGAACGCAUUGCUUGGUCCCCAAUCCACGGAAGCCAGCUCGACCGUUGUUCAGAUCUCCGUGGCUGCCGGAGAGGCACCCCAGGAAGCAGGCUGCGCCUCGUGUUUAGGGCUAAGUUACGAUGGCACGAUCUUAUUGUCAGGCCAUGCUCAAGGUCAGAUUCUCCGAUGGGAUUUGGGCAACCAGACAAAGCCAACCGAGCUUGCAAACCUUAACGCCCCCGUCACGAACCUAAUCUUCAUUUCGCCGCUGUCGUCUGAUCGGCCUACCAAAUGUGCUACCAUCAUCAAGCCCUUUUUGGGCAGUCGCAGCUACAAUUUUACGACCCAGCUCGAGUCAGAUCUGGUUGAAGAAACCAGAUUUGGUAAGAUGCUCGCGUCAAACGGAUUCUCCAGUGACGCAUUGGAGCAGGCUAUCCAGGCCUUGCAAGAACCUCGUGUCGACAGCAUCGGGGAUGAUGAAUUGCGCAAAGAAAACGAGGGGCUAUGGGAUAUCAUCAACGAGCAACGGGCAUUGCAAAAGAAGACUUUGCAGCGAUACGUCGAUGUGAAGUCCGCCGACUAG